GGCUUAGCGCAUGCGCCAGAUUGCAAAGCCGCUUCCGGCCAAUGAAUGGCGGCUGUUGGUAGUUCGGUGUGUCGCUCCUUGGAGGCACGAUGGACGAGGACUUUUUGCUGGCCCUGCAGCUGCAGGAGGAAUGGGGAGCGGAGGACGAGGAGGUGCGGGUUCAGACGCUCUCCUCUGAUCCUCCGCGGCCGCUCUCACUGAUGGACGAUGCCUGGGAGUUGAUGGACCCCAACCCGGACGUUCGAGGCCUCUUUCUGCAGUUCAACGAGACCCUCUUUUGGGGGCGCCUGGCGGCGGUAGAAGUAAAAUGGAGCCCGCGCAUGACCCUGUGUGCUGGAGUUUGCUGCUAUGAAGGUCAUGGAGGAAUGUGUUCCAUUCGACUAAGUGAACCACUUUUAAAAUUACGGCCAAGGAAGGACCUCGUGGAGACUCUUCUGCAUGAAAUGAUUCAUGCCCUGUUGUUUGUUACUAAUAAUGACAAGGAUCGCGAGUCUCAUGGUCCAGAGUUCUGCAAACAUAUGCACCGGAUAAAUCGCUUAACAGGAGCAAAUAUUACGAUCUAUCAUGAAUUUCAUGAUGAGGUGGAUUUCUAUCGUCAGCACUGGUGGCGUUGUAAUGGGUCAUGUCGAAAUAGGAAACCUUAUUAUGGCUACGUAAAGCGUGUAAUGAAUAGGGCGCCAUCUGCCAAUGACUAUUGGUGGGCAGAGCACCAAAGGAGCUGUGGGGGAACAUUUACCAAGGUCAGAGAGCCCGACAACAGCUCCAAGAAAGGCAAGAAGAAAGAUGAUCAAGCAAAAAUCCUUGACGAUGGUCCACGAAAAGCUCAUGGAAGCAGCAUACAGACCAUAAUACCUUUUAGUGGGAAAGGAUAUAUUCUUGGAGGAAAAAGAAGUGAAUCAUCAUUAGAGGGAGCUGUAAGUCCAAGCAUUAAGAGCAGAGAAUUGCUCCAGUCACAAUAUCAUUCACCUGCUGAUUCAUCUAGGUCAAAUCCUAAAAAUGAAAUCAAAUUUGAGAAAAAUGUUUCCUGCGCAACCGUCUCCUCUCCAUUUUCUCCAAGCGGUCCUGAAAAUAGCUCUGCUUCUAGUACCACAUUUCCUAGAUUUUCAGUUGCUAACCGUAAGGUUUAUACUAAUGUUAAUGGCUCACCAGUUAAAAAUACUUCUUUGGGGGGGCAAAGGUCAGAAUCAAGUUCUACAAAGGCUCUAAGAGAUAUACCUCACAAAAGGGCUCCAGAAAACACAAUUUCUAUAUCAGCUACAAUGACUCCAAAAUCCCAGUCACCAUCUCAGAGAAACAGCAACACCCAGAAUGGUGGCCCAGCAAAACGAGCCCGAAUGGAAGAUUCAGUUAUGUUUGUCAACUAUUUUUUAAAGAAAGGAGAACUCAAGGAGGCUAGUUCUUCUAUGAACAAUACAGCUAAAUCAGCAAUCUCAGAAACAUCAAUUAGUAACCAAAAUAGAAACGUAUAUUGCCCCGUCUGUCAAUCUGAAGUUUUGGAAACCAAAAUUAAUGAACACUUAGACCUCUGCCUCUGAAAUCUUCUAAUGUGGUUUUCAUCUAAAACUGCUUUGCUCAAGAUUUCUGUAUUUGUAUGUAUUUAUGCACUUUCUGUCUUUUACGUAGAAAAGUUUAUAUUUGAUUUUGUUUUGUGCAUGAAACUCAAAUGUGCAUUGAAUUUGUGUAAAACGGGUCCCCAAUCUGCAGUUUGCGGCCCACUACCUGGCCAUGGGCUAAUCACCACUGGGCCACGUUAGGGGCCAGCCGGUGCACCUGUAUACAGCUGCACUACAUGAGCCUCCUAUGAGCCCCAGUUGCACAAACCUCAGCGCUUGCAGCCUGUCACGCGAGUGUCAACGUGGGUGCUUGUGGCCCCACUUGCAUGAGCAUUGUGAUGGGCAUGUGUUGAUUUAGAAAAACAUCUACCUGAUCAAAAAUUGCAAAAGACAAGAUAUAAUCAGCCUUAACCACUUGCUUGAGCCUUGCCACAAACAUCACAGGCGCUAUGCACACACGUGUGCAUACUCUUGCCCUUCCACAAAAUCAUCCCCUUUCCCCACUCUGGGCCACCAACCUGGAAAGGUUGGGGAAUUCUGGUGUGAGAGACAUGGGAUUGUUUUCCCCUGAAUUUGAAAGCUGUUGUCAUAUUGUAAAGAAUACUGGCUACUUUUCUGUUUGCACCUAAAGAAAUGGCUCACCAAGUAUUUGCUUUAAAAUUAUCAUGUCUGCUUUUUAUCACCCAAUUUAUAGAUUUUGGCUGGAUUUCCAAAGCUUUUUUCUGUUGAGUUCAGAAGGGUUAGACUGAUUUUUGAUCAGGUAGAUGUUUUUCUAAAUCAUAAACACGUAGGGAACACUACCAUUUCAUUUAUAAAGUGCCUAUUAAAGUGAUGUAUGCCUACUAUUUAUUAAUAACUUUUGAAACCUAUUUCCUCUGAGAUGGAAAUAUAUUCUUGCACAUGAGAGUUGUCAGCCAUUUGUACAAUUAAAAAUAAAUAGCUUUUCUGAAAUCAUAUAUGAACAGAACUCUCUUCAAAAAUAAAUCAUGAAUUUCAUAAUCUGCUUUUCAAAUAAAAUGUAACAUAACUUGUGUCUUUUAUAGGUCAGUUAGGUUUUGGUGAUCUGUACUAGCUUUUGUUUUGAACGGCAAUGUUCAUAUAAGCAUGCAAACAUCUAUUCAGGCUCGUAUUUUAUUGUUGACUGGAAAACCUACAAUAGACAGUGCUAUGAAAGAAACAGCCAUGGCAUCUUUCAAUUUCAAUCAGACAUUCUACUAGCUUGCUGGUGAUUGUUCAUUGUCAACAGCCUGGAAUGAUAGAUAAGUGAUCGAUAAGGAGAACAAUUGUUGCUUCGCUUACGUGUAUACUUUUCUCUAUAAUAUCACAACCAGUCUCAAAAAAAUUAUUCAAAAGGCACAAAGCAAUCUUGAGAUGGGAAAAUAAAUAAGAAAGGCAUCCAGGGAAUGCAUUGAAAUAAUAGGGUAAUAAUAGGCAAUAUAAAUUACUUCUAUUGUGGUUAUGGUACAUAUUUAUACAUGACGAUGUUGACAAAUUUAUGCUUGAUUGGGAAAUGUGACUUUAAUACCAUUAAUAUCAACUUUAGAUGUCAGCACAAUCCUAUUCCUCUUCAGAAUCAGAUGAUGGAAUGAGAUGAAGGAACUAGAUAAAAGGAAAUAGAGAAUCAAGAGAACUAAUUGUCCAAGAUGCAUAGAAAUAAGUUAAAACCACAAGAUCAACUUAAAUAAACACCUAUUAGUUCAAAAGAUGCAUCAAACCAGAGUAGUGAAACAGACUAAAAGACAUUUACAUUCAAAAAAUAUAUAUGGAAAACAAGCAGAAAAUCUGCCAAAACAAAUUCAGUUGACAAUUGUGUUCACACAUCAUGGAUUACCCCCUGUUAAAUAAGAUACGUUUUGGCUAGAUUCAGAUAAUACAUCAAAGCUACCUUGGGUGGGACAAAGAAACAAAUCUUUAGGGUAUUAACAGCAGACAUUGUAUACAUACAUACAAAAAGCACAGGCUUGCCCCCAAAGCUGAUUGGAUUAUGGCACAGAACAAGGAGCAAAAAAGUGUUAAAAGAUUCACAGUGUACAAAAAAAGGGAUGACUUAAAACUUCGCAUUAAAAUAUUGAGGCAAAUAGAAUAUGAAGCAACUUUUAAAAGAAGAAUAUGAAGUAAGCCAUGGUUCUAAUCAUGGGCCAUCACAGGUCAUGGGCCAUCACAGGCCAUCAUGGUUCUAAUCAUGGGCCAUCACAGGUCGAUGCAAAAUUUACCGUCUAUGUGCUUAUAUUAGACUGACAAAUAUAUAAGGAUGGAGUUUGCAUCAUGACAUCAUGUGAGGCAAGUAAUUGUUCUAUUGAUUCCAAUAGAUGCUAUCUAUGCUGUAGAUCGGGUGUCAAACUCGCAUCGUCACUGUGGCAUCAUGUGACAUUGGGACCUUUUUCCCCUUUGCUAAACCAGGCGGAGCAGGGCCAGCAGCAUGCGAUGCAUCUGGCCCUUGGGUCGUGAGUUUGGCACCCCUGUUGUAGAUUACAUUCUAUGCCUUUUGGGUAAUGCAGCUUGAACAUAAUUACUGGGUCUAGAUCUGUGGUUUCCAACAUGGGACCCACGCCCCACAGGGGAGCAAUUUGAUUUUUAAUGGGGGCAAUUUGAACCUUUACACCAAGUUAAUGGCCUUUUAGGCUUCCAUGUGAGUAGAGUUCGCUUUUUGAGUAAAGUAAGAAUUAUAUGCGGGGGAUGGGCGCUUUAGGGUUUUAGAGAUGCUUAGGUGGGGCAUGGCCAAAAAAAGGUUGGGAACCACUGGUCUAGAUGAUGGUAUCCAACUGAAUUCAAUUAUAUUAUUAAUCUAACAAAAAUAUAUAAAACAAGCAUAGAACAAGCCCCUAAGUGAUCUAAUCCAACUUACUCAAGUAACUGAUCUAAUGUAUUCAUUUUUAUUGUAACCAACUGUGUAGAAAUAGUUGUUAUGAAGAAUCUCCAGAGAUCUACUACACUGCAUAUAUUUAAGAGGCAAUUUGUGGCCAAGCAAUGGAUAUAUAUCAUAGCCCAUAAGGCUAUGAGUUUACAUUUUUAUACUGUAGUUUUUCUAAAUUGCACUGUAUUUUACUGUUGUUUUUAUAUGUCUGGUUACAUACUUAUAAACAUUUAUAGAGGGGUCUCCCUAAAUAUUGGAAAUAACAAUAAUACAUCAAAACAUAAACCAAGGCUCUUGCAUUUGUGUUGUUGAAAGAUUUUCUCAUUGUUUUGACAAAACUCUUAAAGUUAAAAACACAAAUUUGUAGUAAAAACAUGGUCAGAAAAUUAAAUUUCUCAGAACAAAGUUCUAACAGUGAAAAAAAAGUGAACUAUUGAUUUGAUGAGGAACCAUUUUUAUUUAAAUGUUAUAUGAACCAACUAAAGAAUUGUAAUCAAUUGAAGAGUAUCUCGUACAUAAGCAAUCAAGGGUGCUUUAUGUAGAUCAGUGGUUCUCAACCUUCCCAAUGCCGUGAUCCUUUAAUACAGUUCAUGUUGUGGUAACCCCCAAGAAUAAAAUGUUGCUACUUCCUAAUUGUAAUUUUGCAAUUUUCCGAUGGUCUUAGGUGACCCCUGUGAAAGGGUUGUUUGACCCCCAAAGGGGUCGCGACAGAACCACUGAUAUAGAUGGUUAAAAGUGAAUCCUCUUAAUGUCUUCUGACAAGUAUAUGUAAUUGUCCAUUCCCUAGGAGAUGACUAGCCUUGAAAUGUAUCCAGAUAGCAUUUUCUUCAUUUGUGGAUUAGAAGACACAAGGGCAGGCAGAAGAUCCUACCCUGUUUAUCUAGUGAUUGUGAAUUCAGUUUGUGUGGAUAUACUCAGAAUACCUAUCUACAUCUCUCAAUCAAGAACUGUGUUUACAGCAAGGGAGGCACUAAGGUAGUAGAGAUAAAAUGUUUAUAAUCAUAGUGUUGACUUACUAACAGGCCACAGCACUUUUCUCCCUCCUCUAUUUUCCCUCAGCAGCCUCACUUUUAAAAACAAUCCCAGCUAGAUUAGAUAAUUAAAAACAGGGUUUAUAAAUAAAGCUAACAGACUUUUGACUACAGUUACAGUGUCACUGCCUGCUAAAAACAGGCACACGCGUGCACACACACACAGUUUAUCAGAUUACAAAUUAGUUGCUGUGGAAUAGGCUUUAAAAGAGUUACAUAAUUACAAAAUAACCACAUUGUUUCAAGAAUUUUCAUAAUCUUUUAAUUAGAUUAGCUUUACAAGCAACUCGAGAGCUGUUUCAAUAAGGAACACUGAUUUUCAAAAGUUACAUGACUUUAUAAUAAAUCUGCAAAUGAAUCCUGAAUUUCUUUGCCUGCUAGAUAAAAGUCUUGUUUUACAGCUGGCUAAUGUCAUGAAAUAAAAAUAGCAUCAUGAAGCUUUAUCUUUAACCAGGACUAAACAGAAAUACAGGCCAUAAGACAGUUUAAAAAUAGUCUGAAACAGGUUUCUGUUUGGUGAUGCCCCAGGCUGAAAAUUUAACUAACGUGAACUGUUUUCAAAUGGGCAUCAGAGGCCCGGUUUGGUAACUUUUGUAAAUAAUGGAGAUAUCCAAGAGAUUGUAUAUCUCACCAGCAAGCGCAAAUUUAAGAUGCUGAUUGAUACCUUUGAAUAAAGGGACAAAAAAGUAAAAUCUUAGGUUUGCAUUUUAACACAUUAAACAUAAUACAAAAGCAGUUAAAAGUUAGAUUUACUAGGCCUAAACUGUGCAUUGUGCUGCAGAUCAGUCGGUAAAGAAUUAACACUCCUUGGCCAGGCUUCCAGAGGCACUUAAGAGUAAGAUGUGUUUUCUUCUGAUUUACCAGGAUGAAGAGAAAAGUCAAACUAUUACAAGUUUUGACAGCUAGUAAGUAAUUUUGGGAGAAGGGAACAGAAGGGAACAAAACCCAAAGUUUUUUUUGUAACUUUCCCCAGCAUGUUAUUUUAAUGUUGAAUUUUCUCCCUUCUGUCAAUGGUCAUUAAGCACAAUCCUUGUUGUUUUUCAUGUUUUACAUGAAUAGUAAGGUUUUU